AUGAACCCAGCGGGCUCAGACUCCACUCCUGUUACCCAGGAUCCAGUUCGAUCUGCCAUCCAAGCCCAAGGUCACAGAAUCCACAAACAGGAGGAACUACUUGGACAACUACGUGGCGACUUACAGAGGAUGGCGGACCAACAGGAGUCCAUGAUUGCUGCCUUCACAAGCCAACUUAACAUGUUGGCAGAACGGUUAAGUCCCAGCCAAGCCAACCCAGACUCAGCCUCAGUAAGCGCAGCUUCAUCCGCUCCACCGGUACCACCUCUGGCCCCCCUUGACCUACCUGAGACUCUGGAUGAGCUCAUAGCACUGGCUAUCAAGAUUGACAGGCGGCUAAUAGAGCGGGAGCACGAGAAGUGUCGUAGGAUUCCUCAACAGUAUAGGGGGCCGUGUUUCUCACCAGCCCAGGGAGCAGCUAACUCUGAAACUCCUGCCCCGUAUCCUAGAGAGGACGAGCCGAUGCAGCUAGGACGCACUCGUUUGACACCCGAAGAACGAGAGAAGCGUAUGAGGGAGGGGCGCUGCUACUACUGUGGGGGAUUUGGUCAUUUCUCAGCCACAUGCUCGGCAAAAGCUCGGGCUCGCCAGUGA